AGGGUGUAUAAUGCCCCCAUUUCCUUCGUUUCCGGGGUAUCGACCGUCUUUCGGCCGCUUUUUCACUCCUCGGCUUCUCUCUUAUUCCCCUUGCUGUCUCUGCUGUGGUCGUUUGUGGGAAAUGGCGGAGAAGCCCAAAGCAGCGGGAGGCGUUUGGACAACCGUCAAACCCUUCGUCAAUGGCGGUGGAGCUGGUAUGCUUGCUACCUGCGUCAUCCAGCCCAUCGACAUGAUCAAGGUGAGAAUUCAGCUAGGGCAGGGAUCUGGCACGCAUGUUGCAAAAACUAUGCUCCGAGAAGAGGGCCUGGGUGCUUUUUACAAGGGGCUAUCAGCAGGACUACUAAGACAAGCUACCUACACGACAGCACGUCUUGGUUCUUUCAGAAUAUUGACGAACAAAGCAGUUGCCGCUAAUGAUGGAAAACCUUUACCUCUUUAUCAGAAGGCUCUUUGUGGACUAACCGCCGGAGCAAUUGGAGCUUGUGUUGGUAGUCCAGCUGAUUUAGCUCUGAUACGUAUGCAAGCUGAUGCGACUUUACCUGUGGCACAACGUCGGAACUAUAAAAAUGCAUUCCAUGCACUCUUCCGCAUUGUUUCUGACGAAGGGGUUUUAGCUCUUUGGAAAGGAGCUGGUCCCACCGUUGUGAGAGCUAUGGCACUAAACAUGGGCAUGCUUGCCUCUUAUGAUCAAAGUGUUGAAUUUUUCAAGGACUCACUUGGAUUUAGCGAAGCUAGUACAGUAAUUGGUGCAAGUGCUGUCUCUGGUUUCUUUGCAGCUGCUUGCAGUUUGCCUUUUGAUUAUGUAAAAACCCAGAUACAGAAAAUGCAGCCAGAUGCCACUGGUAAAUAUCCUUACACCGGUUCAUUGGACUGCGCCAUGAAGACUCUCAAGGCUGGUGGACCCUUCAAAUUCUACACAGGAUUUCCUGUGUAUUGCGUUCGUAUUGCCCCUCAUGUCAUGAUGACAUGGAUCUUUUUGAAUGAAAUCCAGAAACUGGAGAAGUCUGUCGGUUUGUAGACCUUGCUACCGAGAAACUCUGUACGAAGUUUGUACUUGAUUUGAGCAAUAAUGACCUCUUGGCUCUGCGACGUGGUUGAGGCUGGUUUUGGUAAUUAGAUAUAGUCCUCAGCCCAUUUCCAUUAGUGAAUUUGAAUGGGAUUGAGAGUAGUGAAAAUAAUUCUCGGGUGUUUGAUUGGCUUGCUGCACUUAGCAGGAUUGAUUAACGGGAAUUAUUUAUUAGCAAGCGCGCAGUUUUGACAAGCUUGUUAUACACAAUGAACAUUGCUUGAUUUUUGGCGUUUGACUAUGAAUUGCCAAUUUUCUGCAAAUUGCAGAAUAACUGGUUAUUGAUUGGGUAAAUGGUGGCCUGGUGGGACUUUUGCGAGGAAAAGUAUGUUGGUUAUAUGUCAAGUUAGUGUCGCUGUGUCACAAGUUUCUGAACCUCGACCAUUAGAGAAACCGCCUGCCUGAAACCUUGCAUC